CAAAGUUUGCCUGAAGAAGGAUUAUAAACUUUUCAUGGGAAACUCUGCACAGUGCAUUCAGUGAGAUGGCAUCGGACAGCGAGGUAAAAACUCUACUGAACUUCGUUAACCUGGCUUCGAGUGACAUCAAAGCGGCUCUGGAUAAAUCGGCUCCUUGUCGCCGGUCAGUUGACCACAGAAAAUACUUGCAGAAGCAGCUCAAGCGGUUUUCUCAGAAGUACUCACGGAUCCCGCGGUGUCAGCCCAGCAAACCCCCUGAGUGCGGCUGGCGCAGGGGGGCAGAGGAGCGGGCCCGCGGCCCCCAGCCCGAGGCACCUGAGCCCAGCCCCCGCGGCGGGGCUGCCGCCGAGAAGGUGCUGCAGACAGCCGAGGCMGAGGAGAGCCUCAUCGGGGAACGGGUUUUGCAGGAACAAAAACCCGAGGCUGCCCGACCGGACCAGGUGCCCAUGAGGAAGCGACAGCUCCCCGCCUCCUUCUGGGAAGAGCCACGGCCGGCACAGAGCCUGACGGCCAGGGCCUUUYCUGCCAGCCCCGAGGGACUCCAUGCCCCCAGAGACCCUCCUCUCUAUGAGGGGAAGAAAAGCAAAAGGAGUCCAGACGCUGCUGGCCCGGAGAGCCCCCCUGACCCUGCGACACACGGCGGGGAGAAGGACCCAGCCGGGGCUCUGUCAGGCCGGGUGGGUGCCUGGACCUGCUGCCCCUUCCCCUGCCCCGGGCCAGGCGUGUACCAGCCCCCGGGCGCGCUGCCUCCGUCGCCCUUCUCGGGGCUGGGUCUGUGGAGGAAGAGCGCGGCCACGCUACCAGCGGAGGUGUCGCACUUCUGCAAGGAGGCCGAUGGCCCGGGGCAGAAAUUCUACMGGCCCAUGGUUCUGAAACCCAUCCCCACCAAGCCCGCCAUGCCCCCACCCAUCUUCAAUGUUUUUGGCUAUCUUUAGCGGGCCGGGUGUCGGAGUCAUGCCGAACACGACAGUCCCUGGGGGGCAUUUGAAACGCCCGGUCAAGCCUUCGGGCAUGAGCUGCUGGCAGCGUGGAGCGGCAGGGGAAGCAGGCCGGCGAUCACACCCUCUGCCUCGUGGGCGGGCUGCAGGGAAUUAGUAACUGGGGGGAAGUUACUUSGGGCGCACUCUGAUCUCAGUGCACGGGUGUAACUCGGGAAUAAACCUUGCGAAGCUGGUGGCAUGGAGCGUGAGGCGAAACAGGUCUCUUUCAUCGAUGGGCAUUGUCUGAGCCGCGGUGAGUGGGGCUGCGGGCCAUUCGUAGCCGCACUGGUAACACCUAGGAGGCCUCCUCCACGAGGGAACAGCUUUCUGGGGCUGCCCUGCGGCAACAGCAGUGAAAUGGAAUGAAUUCAAAGAGUUUUUGUACUUUAAAGUCAUUCCAGAGAAGUCAAGAUAUUCAGGUCAUCUCUUUUUGCAUGCAAGAGACUGGAAGGAUGGUAUUUGAUAUAGAAGUCACUUGUGAUUGAUUUAAGCUCUUGUUUUAUGUAAAUACUGAGAGAAUUAAAAAAAAAUAAGGCGAGAAAGGAGGUAAUUUUAUUUUGUUGAUUCUGCAAAUGCAAUCUGUUUAAUUUUGCCCCACAGGGUAGACAGGUUUGAUUUGCAACUGAUGGGGAGAUAUGAGGGCUGAAGUAUCUGCCUAUCCAGAUUGAUAAAAAUUGCAAGUAGUUCUUCUGGGGCUAGGAUAUUACCUAGUGCUAAAGCGGUGCAAAUGGAAGCGGGAUGAAUUUUCACAUCAGGAAUUGCUCUGCAUCAACAGAAUAAAUGARGCAUUGUAUUGGUUUAAUACAAAACCAUGAAGUGUGGUGGAAGAAAAAAGUAAAGAAUAGACUACCUUGAUUUCUGGCAUACAGAUGUCUUUUAUUUUGCCUGAUUCUAAGAUGUUAUCACAAGACCUGGCUGUAAAUGUUUUGGCUAGUAUUUUCCUAAUUUUUUUAACAAAUCGGCUUUGGAGAAUUUAAUAGAAAGUGGUUUUAAGUUAUGUUUCUCUGAAACCGAUGGAGAAAGUGGUACUAAGACACAAAACAUAAGAGAUGAAAGAUUUAAUAUUGCAGGUGUAUGUAUCUAUUUGGUUAUACUGGAGUAAAUGACUGAAGUCAAGACAAGUACAUUUUGAGAGGACAAAAGGGCCAGAGAAUGGAUACCUGUGAUCUCCCAGGGCCUGAGCCUGCUGUUGCUGAAGCUAAUGGGAACUCCCAGGAUUCAAUAAAAAGGGGCCUUGAUUGGUUUGGUUUCUSACUAGCAGAGCUCUCUAUGACUCCUGAUAUCUC